UGCGGCUUUGUAAAGGAGACUUGAAACGGUGGCAUGAGGAGAAACAGGAACACGAAGGAGAAGCUGGAUCUUGAUGCACAAAUAGCGGCUGCGGCCUGCGGCUGGCUGGCAGAAUCUCGGCGCUGGAGCAAAAAACUGGAGUUCGUCCCAAAUGCAAAUGAAUGUGUGCCCCAAGGAAACCAAACAAUGGAGACGAGUGCUUCUAAGGCCUUUUAGGUGAGCAGAAACGGCCUUGCCGGUCACACCGGUGGGUGGGAAUUCUUUUGCCACUGUUGUAGGACACUGCUUUGACGUUAGAGGGCGCUAUUGGAUUGACAGAUGAAUAGGGAGGUCCCUUCAUUGAGCGUGAAUGCAGUUUUCACACGCGACUGCACGAUCAGUGACCGCUACAACAAUUCCCAUUGUUCAAAUCCUAGACAUAGGAAUUUGCGUGAACUGUCGUGACUUUCUCAGAUUUCUGCAGUUUUAGGAGCGUUCUGGUUUUACCGACGCAUGAUUGCAUCAGAUUGUCUCGACGACGUCUUGCUCAUCUGAGCUCGUAAAUGGAAACCGAAAACCGAAAACGCCCCAAGACUGAUUGCUAUUCUUAUCUCUCUUUGAAUAUGGCAUUGUAAGGGUGAGGGGCGACUGCCACGCCGUGCAGUCGCCCCAGCCAAGCAUCGGUAUCAUCAUCAUCAUCAUCAUCAGCAGCAGCAGCAUCAGCAGCAGCAGCAGCGGCAGCAGCGGCAGCAGCGGCAGCGUCCCCUCUUCACGGACCUCCUCCCUCCUCCUCCUCCUCCCUCCUGGUGAAGGAGGCUUGUGCACCGGGGUUUGGCCGGCAGUCUCGCCGCCGUAUGGCCGUGGAUUAGCUGUAUGCUCACGUCAAGAGGAGCCAGCGCCUGAGCGGGCUCACUUGCAGCCAUGGCUGAAGGUGGAGAAGGAGAGGAUGAGAUUCAGUUCCUCAGAACUGAUGAUGAAGUGGUGCUCCAGUGCGUGGCCUGCAUCCAGAAGGAGAACCGAAAGUUUUGCCUGGCUGCCGAAGGGCUGGGCAACCGGUUGUGUUACCUGGAGCCAACAUCUGAGGCAAAGUGUGUCCCUCCAGACCUAUGCAUCUGUACCUUUGUGCUGGAACAGUCCCUGUCAGUGCGGGCCCUGCAGGAGAUGCUGUCGAAAAGCGGACAGAACAGUGAAGGGAGGCUGAUAAGAAAGGCAGCACAGAGUGGUGGCCACAAGACUCUACUGUACGGACAUGCCAUCCUCCUACGGCACUCCUUCAGUUCCAUGUACCUGGCCUGUUUGAAGACCUCAAGGUCACAGACCGAUAAGCUGUCAUUUGAUGUCGGCCUGCAGGAGGACUCGACAGGUGAGGCGUGUUGGUGGACAAUCCACCCCGCCUCCAAGCAGCGGUCAGAAGGAGAGAAGGUGCGCAUUGGUGAUGACCUCAUCCUUGUCAGCGUUUCCUCUGAGCGGUAUCUUCACUUGUCAAUCUCCAAUGGCAACAUUCAGGUGGACGCAUCCUUCAUGCAGACACUGUGGAACGUCCAUCCCAUCUGCUCCGGGAGCAACGUAGAGGAAGGCUACCUGUUGGGGGGCCAUGUGAUGCGGCUAUUUCAUGGGCACGACGAGGUGGUGACCAUCCCUGGUUCAGACCAGAGUGAAGAGCAGCAGAGGAUCGUCAACUACGAGAUAGGUAAAGCCGGGGCAAAGGCGAGGUCGUUAUGGAGGCUGGAGCCACUCCGGAUCAGCUGGAGUGGGAGCCACAUCCGCUGGGGUCAGCCGUUCCGGUUGCGGCACCUGACAACCGGUCACUACUUGGCCCUGACUGAGGACCGGGGCUUGGUGCUUCAGGACCGUGAGAGGUCUGACACAAUCUCAACUGCCUUCUGCUUCAGAGCUUCUAAGGAAAAACUUGAGCAGAGCCCCAAGCGGGACAUCGAGGGGAUGGGUGUAGCAGAGAUUAAAUAUGGAGACUCGCUCAGCUUCAUAAUGCACGUGGCCACGGGGCUGUGGCUCUCCUACCAGGCACCUGAUGUCAAAUCUGCACGUUUGGGUCCUCUCAAAAGACGAGCGUGUCUACAUUCCGAAGGUCACAUGGACGACGGCUUGACUCUGCAGCGCUGUCAACAUGAGGAAUCUCGAGCAGCGCGCAUCAUCCGCAACACCACGCUUCUCUUUAACAGAUUCAUCAGAGAUCUGGAUUGUCUGGGUUUGAAGAACAAGGCACUUGUGGCUCUGCCCAUUGAGGAGGUGCUCCAAACCCUCAAUGACCUCAUCGCCUACUUUCAGCUCCCUGACGCCGAGCUGGAGCACGAAGAGCGGCAGAUCAAGCUACGCUCCCUCAAAAACAGGCAGAAUCUUUUCAAACAGGAAGGCAUGCUGACACUUGUGUCCAACUGCAUAGACCGUCUGAAUGUCUACAACAGUGUGGCUCACUUUGGGGAGUGUGCUGGGCCAGAGGCCGGAGAAGCUUGGAAAGACAUUCUCAACCUGCUUUAUGAGCUGUUGGCAGCAUUAAUCAGAGGAAACAGGAACAACUGCACUCAGUUUUCCAACAACUUGGAUUGGCUUGUUAGCAAGCUGGAGAGACUGGAGUCUUCUUCAGGGAUUCUUGAAGUUCUGCACUGUAUUCUAAUUGAGAGCCCAGAGGCUCUCAACAUGAUCCAGAAAGGACACAUCAAGUGCAUCAUAUCGCUGCUAUACAAACAUGGACGCAACCACAAGAUUCUAGAUGUGCUUUGCUCGCUGUGUGUUUGUAACGGCGUCGCCGUGCGAACCAAUCAAAACCUCAUUUGUGAUCACUUGCUACCCAAGAGAGACCUGCUGCUACAAACCCAGCUGGUCAACGACGUCCAAAGUAUGAGACCGAACAUCUUCCUCGGUGUGAGCGAGGGCUCGGCUCAGUAUAAGAAGUGGUACUACGAGCUCAUGAUUGACAAGGUGGACCACUUCGUGACCAGUGAACCCUCCCACUUACGAGUAGGCUGGGCUAACACCAAAGGCUACGCACCUUACCCUGGAGGAGGUGAAGGCUGGGGGGGCAACGGCGUGGGAGACGACCUCUAUUCCUAUGGUUUUGACGGCCUGCACCUCUGGUCAGGUCGCGUCCCCCGGGCGGUCGCAUCCCUCAACCAGCACAUCCUUACCUCAGAGGAUGUGGUGAGCUGUUGCCUGGACCUCGGAGCUCCCAGCAUCUCUUUCCGCAUCAACGGACAGCCCGUUCAGGGCAUGUUUGAAAACUUCAACACGGACGGACUCUUUUUCCCUGUUGUCAGCUUCUCGGCGGGUGUCAAGGUAAGGUUCCUGUUGGGUGGUCGUCAUGGCGACUUUAAAUUCCUGCCACCGUCAAGUUACGCCCCCUGUUAUGAGGCCCUCCUGCCCAAAGAGAAGUUGCGGGUGGAACCAGUUAAGGAGUACAAGAGGGAUGCGGAGGGGGUCCGAGAUUUGCUCGGCACCACCCUCAUCUGGUCGCAGGCCUCCUUCAUUCCGACACCUGUGGAAACCAGCCAGGGGGAAAACAAUAACCAGCUCUGGUUGGGUCCUCAGAUUGUUAUGCCAACUCAUUUAGAGAACGUUCGUGACAAGCUGGCGGAGAACAUCCAUGAACUGUGGGGAAUGAAUAAAAUUGAACUGGGCUGGUCCUACGGCAAGAUCAGGGAUGAUAAUAAACGGCAGCAUCCAUGUCUGGUGGAUUUCUCCAAACUGCCCGAGACUGAAAAGAACUACAACCUGCAGAUGUCCACAGAAACUCUCAAAACCCUGCUGGCACUGGGCUGUCGAGUGGUUCAGGUCAAUUCCAAUGCUGAUGAAUCCCAUAAGAAGAUUAAACUCCCCAAGAACUUCAUGAUGUCCAGUGGUUACAAACCAUCCCCUUUGGACCUGUCUGACAUAAAACUGACUCCAGGUCAGGAGUCGCUGGUGGACAAAUUGGCAGAGAACGCACACAAUGUGUGGGCCAAAGACCGCAUCGAGCAGGGUUGGACCUAUGGUAUCCAGCAGGAUCUGAAAAGUAAGCGUAACCCUCGCCUGGUCCCUUAUGCCAUGCUGGAUGAGCGCACCAAGAAGUCAAACCGUGACAGCCUCCGGGAGGCCAUUCGCACUCUGAUCGGUUAUGGUUACAACGUGGAGCCAUCUGAUCAAGAAGGCGGACAAGUGGUCGAGCGUCUCAGCAUCGACAAAAUCCGAUUUUUCAGAGUAGAACGGACAUACGCGGUGAAGACCGGGAAAUGGUACUUUGAAUUUGAGGUCGUCACAGGAGGAGACAUGAGAGUCGGCUGGGCAAGACCUGGGUGUAAGCCCGAUGUGGAGCUCGGCACGGAUGAGUUGGCUUUUGUCUUUGAUGGAUACAGGGGCCACUGUCUGAACAUGGGUGGCCGCUUGUUUGGGCGCUGCUGGCACAGUGGCGAUGUGGUGGGCUGCAUGAUCAACAUGGAGGACAAAUCCAUGAUCUUCACCCUCAAUGGAGAGAUACUUAUCACCACCAAAGGCUCUGAACUUUGCUUCACUGACUUUGAAACAGAGUAUGGGUUCAUCCCGGUGUGUAGUCUGGGUUUAGCUCAGGUGGGUCGUAUGAAUCUUGGCAAAGAUGCCAGCACCUUUAAGUAUUACACCAUGUGCGGCCUUCAAGAGGGAUUUGAGCCCUAUGCUGUCAACAUGAACAGAGAGCUCACCAUGUGGUUCAGCAAGCGUCUACCAACGUUUGUCGACGUGCCGAAGGACCACAAUCACAUCACAGUGACAAGGAUUGAUGGGACUGUCGACAGCCCCCCGUGUCUCAAGGUUACUCACAAGACAUUUGGCACCCAGAACAGCAACACAGACAUGGUGUUUUGUCGUCUCAGUAUGCCUGUGGCGUUUCACUCCUUCUUCAAGACCAGUCCUGUUAUCGACAUGAAUGGAGUGCACGACGAUGACACCCUCAAAGUCAAACACAGAUAUCCACUGCGAUCCGUGCGACACAGUGAUGAAAGUAGACGAGUGGACUACAGCAGCAUCACAAUGUACUACCACGCUGUGAGGGUCUUUGCUGGUCAAGACCCUGCACGUGUUUGGGUCGGUUGGGUUACCCCCGACUACCAUUAUCAUAGCAACAACUUUGCCCUCAGCAAGACCAGAACAGUGACUGUAACCUUGGGUGAUGAGCGAGGACGAGUCCACGAGAGCGUCAAGAGGAGUAACUGCUACAUGGUGUGGGCCGGGGACGUGAUCAACGCCACUCAUGGCUCAAGUCGUAGAAAUGUUGACCUGGAAAUUGGCUGUCUCAGUGACCUCGCCACUGGCCUGGUGACAUUCACUGCCAAUGGGAAGGAGGUAUCCACAUCCUACCAGGUGGAACCAAACACCAAGCUUUUCCCCGCUGUAUUUGUGCAACCCACCAGCCCUAACCUCUUUCAGUUUGAACUCGCCAAAAUAAAGAACGCCAUGCCACUGUCAUCAGCCAUUUUUAAAAGUGAACAUAAGAACCCGGUGCCUCAGUGUCCACCUCGUCUUGACGUCCAGACCAUCAAUGCGGUGUUGUGGAGCCGCAUGCCAAACACCUUCCUCAAAGUAGAAACGGCCAGGGUCAGCGAGCGACACGGAUGGCCCGUCCAAUGUGUGGAGCCUCUGCAGAUGAUGGCAGUUCACAUACCUGAGGAGAACAGGUGCGUGGACAUCAUGGAACUGUCCGAGCAGGAGGACAUGAGGGAGUUCCACUACCAUACCUUGAAGCUUUACUGCGCCCUCUGUGCUCUGGGCAACACCCGUGUGGCCCAUGCCCUCUGCAGUCACUUAGACCAAUCCCAGCUGCUAUAUACCAUUGACAACCAGUACUUGUCUGGCAUGUUACGAGAGGGAUUUUACAAUCUUCUCAUCAGCAUCCAUCUGGAGACAGCCAAAGGUGCAAGACUCAUGAUGAAAGAUGAGUUCAUUAUCCCGGUCACAGCAGAGACACGCUCUAUCCGUCUCUUCUCCAAUGCUUCCAAAAAGCACUCGCCCCCUGGGGUAGGGCUCAGUACAUCGCUCAAGCCCCGCCUCAACUUUGCACCUCCCUGUUUUGUCAACACCAAACGGGAGCAUCAUCUGUACAGUCCCCAGAUCCCACUGGAUGCAUUAAAAGAAAAAUCUAUUUCAAUGCUGACCGAGGCGGUCCAAGGUGGUGGCCACUACAUCCGUGAUCCCGUGGGAGGAGGUGUAGAGUCCCAGUUCGUGCCAAUCCUGAAGCUCAUCAGCACGUUGCUUACGAUGGGCAUCCUCGGGAGUGAGGAUGUUCACAAAAUCUUACUUCUCAUUGACCCUAAUGUAUUUAGGGAGACACACGAGGGAGGACGCAUCGGUACGAAUGACAAAGAAGGACUAGCGGAGACGGAGGAGAAGGCAGUGGAAGCUGGAGAAGAAGAGGCAGCCAAAGAGGCAAAACAGCCAAUGAAAGGACUUCUGGAAAAAAGACUGCCUGAACCUGUAAAACGUCAGAUGUGUGAGCUGCUGCACUAUUUCUGCGACUGUGAGCUCAAGCACCGCAUCGAAGCCAUCGUGUCCUUUUCUGACAACUUUGUCUCCAAGCUGCAGUACAACCAAAAAUUCAGAUACAACGAACUGAUGCUCGCCCUUAAUAUGUCCGCUGCUGUAACGGCAAAGAAGACCAAGGAGUUCCGCUCGCCUCCCCAAGAACAGAUCAACAUGCUGCUGACCUUCAGCACUGGCGACGACUGUCCGUGUCCUUCAGAGAUCCAGGGGGAGCUUUAUGAUUUUCACAAUCAGCUGCAGCUACACUGUGGAAUUCCGAUGGAGGAAGACGCGGAUGAGCAAGAUACAUCUAUUAAAGGCCGCCUUCUCACACUAGUGAACAAAAUCAAAGGACAAGCUCAUAAAAGUGAACAACCGUUGGAAAAGGAACAAGCUGCACCAUCCAACCUGAAGGAGUUGAUCUCGCAGACCAUGAUCAGCUGGGCCCAGGAGUGUCAUAUCCAAGACCCGGAACUGGUGCGGAAGAUGUUCAGCCUACUGAGGAGGCAGUAUGACAGCAUCGGUGAGCUGCUCAGGGCCAUGAGGAAGACUUACACCAUCAGCGCCGCCUCGGUCCAGGAUACCAUCAAACUCUUGGCUUCUCUGGGCCAGAUCAGAUCGCUACUUUCUGUUCGGAUGGGGAAAGAGGAAGAGAAGCUCAUGAUUGAUGGACUUGGUGACAUCAUGAACAAUAAGGUGUUCUAUCAGCACCCCAAUCUAAUGAGAAUUCUGGGCAUGCAUGAGACUGUCAUGGAAGUCAUGGUCAAUGUGCUCGGAGGGGACAAAUCCCAGGAAAUAGCCUUCCCCAAGAUGGUGGCCAGCUGUUGUCGGUUCCUGUGUUACUUUUGCCGCAUCAGUCGUCAGAACCAGAAAGCAAUGUUUGACCACCUAAGUUACCUCCUAGAAAAUAGCAGUGUUGGCCUAGCUUCACCGGCUAUGAGGGGCUCCACUCCUCUUGAUGUGGCAGCUUCCUCAGUUAUGGACAACAAUGGUCUGGCUCUCGCACUGGAAGAACCUGAUCUGGACAAGGUGGUGACCUACUUGGCAGGCUGUGGUCUCCAGAGUUGUCCGAUGCUUCUGGCCAAAGGUUAUCCAGAUAUUGGCUGGAACCCCAUUGAGGGAGAACGUUACCUCUCCUUCUUGCGCUUUGCCGUCUUUGUCAAUGGGGAGAGUGUGGAGGAGAAUUCCAGUGUUGUGGUCAAGCUGCUCAUCCGUCGUCCCGAGUGUUUCGGACCUGCCCUGAGGGGCGAAGGAGGGAACGGACUGCUGGCGGCCAUGAAGGAAGCCAUCAAGAUCUCGGAUACACCUGCUUUGGAUCUGCCUGGUUCUGUGCAGGGAGUCAGCUGUGACAUAUCGGCUGAUGGCGACGAUGAAGAGGAAGUGGUGCACAUGGGCAAUGCCAUCAUGUCCUUCUACUCAGCGCUCAUUGACCUGUUGGGGCGUUGUGCUCCAGAGAUGCAUCUAAUCAACAAGGGCAAAGGGGAAGCUCUCCGUAUUCGUGCCAUUUUGCGCUCAUUGGUGCCCACUGAGGACCUUGUGGGAAUCAUCAGCAUACCACUCAAAACACCCAUUGUUAAUAAAGACGGAGUGACAGAACCUGAUAUGUCAGCCUGCUUUUGUCCGGACCACAAGGCCCCCAUGGUGCUGUUCCUGGACCGAGUGUAUGGUAUUGAGGACCAGAGCUUUUUGCUUCACCUACUUGAAGUUGGGUUCCUUCCUGACCUGAGGGCUGCAAACUCUCUAGACACAGAGGGUCUGUGCACCACUGAGACAGCGUUAGCCAUGAACCGUUACAUCGGCUCGGCUAUGCUCCCUCUCCUCACCCGCUGUGCGCCCCUCUUUGCCGGCACCGAACAUCACGCCACGCUCAUCGAUUCCACCCUGCACACCAUCUACCGCCUCUCCAAGGGCCGCUCCCUCACCAAGGCCCAGAGAGACGCCAUAGAAGAGUGCCUGCUGGCUGUCUGCAAGCACCUUCGCCCCGCUAUGCUGCAGCAGCUUCUGCACCGCCUCGUCUUUGAUGUACCCUUGCUGACUGAAUACUGCAAGAUGCCUCUCAGGCUACUAACCAAUCACUAUGAGCAGAACUGGAAGUACUACUGCCUUCCAUCAGGCUGGGGCAGCUACGGCACAGCCUCUGAGGAUGAACUCCAGCUCACCAAGAAGAUCUUCUGGGGAGUGUUUGAUUCUUUGUCCCAGAGGAAAUAUGAGCCAGAGCUGUUCAAGAUGGCAAUGCCUUGCCUCAGCGCCAUAGCUGGAGCUUUGCCGCCCGACUAUGUGGAUGCCUCCAUUUGUGGAACAGUGGUCAAACCAGUUUCUGUAAAUGCUCAUGGCAACUUCGAACCCAAACCUAUCGCAACUACUACCAUUGCCCUCCCAGAGAAGCUUGAGCACUUUGUCAACAAGUAUGCUGAACAUUCUCAUGAGAAGUGGUCAGCAGAGAAGGUGCUGCUUGGAUGGAAAUAUGGAGACUGUGUGGAUGACAAGGCUCGAAUUCACCCACAGCUCAGGACAUACAAAGCUCUGACAGAGAAGGAGAAAGAGAUUUACAGAUGGCCAAUCAGGGAGUCAUUGAAGACCAUGCUGGCAAUGGGCUGGAGUGUUGACCGGGCCAGAGAUGGAGAGAGCGUAUCUCAACAGAGGGAGAUUGAAAAAAUGCGAAAGAUCUCUCAGGUCUCACAAGCAAAUGGUUUUAAUCCCAGCCCAAUAGACACAAGCAACGUGGUCCUAAGCAGAGAGCUGCAAGGGAUGGUGGAGCUGGUGGCUGAAAAUUACCACAACAUCUGGGCCAAAAGAAAAAAGAGCGACCUUGGAAGUAGAGGCGGAGCUACGCACCCUAUGCUGGUGCCCUAUGAGACGCUCACAGCCAAGGAAAAGGCACGUGAUCGAGAGAAGGCUCAGGAUCUCUUCCGGUUCCUGCAAAUUAGCGGCUACAGCAUCACAAGAGGCCUCAGGGACUUGGAGCAGGAUCCCUCAUCCAUGGAGAAAAGGUUUGCUUACAGGUUCCUCAAAAAGCUGCUCAAGUACGUCGACUCGGCCCAGGACUUCAUCUCUCACCUCGAGGCCAUGGCUGCCAGUGGCAAAACAGACAGGUCACCUCAUGAGCAAGAAAUCAAGUUUUUUGCCAAAGUUCUUCUACCGCUUAUUGACCAAUACUUCAAGAAUCACUCCCUCUACUUCCUGUCAUCACCCAAUCAGAACCUGAGUAGCAGCGGCUGCGCCUCCAACAAGGAGAAAGAAAUGGUCACCGGCUUGUUUUGUAAACUGGCAGCUCUUGUCAGACAUAGGAUCUCUCUCUUUGGAAGCGACUCGACCACGAUGGUGAGCUGUCUGCACAUCCUGGCACACACACUGGAUACCAGGACAGUGAUGAAGUCGGGCUCUGAAUUGGUAAGGGUCGGGCUCAGGACGUUCUUUGAGAAUGCCGCUGAGGACCUGGAGAGGACGUUCGAGAACCUCAAGCUGGGCAAAUUCACUCACUCGCGCUCACAGAUGAAAGGCGUGUCCCAGAACAUCAACUACACCACGGUGGCUCUGCUCCCCAUCCUCACCGCUCUGUUCGAACACAUCACGCAACAUCACUUUGGCAUAGACCUGCUUUUGGAUGAUGUCCAAGUGUCCUGCUACCGAAUCCUGACCAGCCUCUAUGCUCUGGGGACCGGGAAAAACAUCUACGUAGAAAGACAGCUACCGGCUCUCGGCCAGUGUCUGGCCACCUUGGCGGGGGCCACGCCGGUGGCUUUCCUGGAGCCGAUGCUCAAUAUGUACAACCCCUGCUCGGUCUUUACCACCAAGAGUGGCCGUGAGCGAAGCAUUCUCGGCAUUCCGGACUCAGUUGAAGAAAUGUGUCCCGGGAUGCCCCGUCUCGACGGGCUCAUCAAGGACAUCAACGACAUGGCCGAAUCCGGAGCGCGGUACACAGAGAUGCCCCAUGUGAUUGAGGUGGUCCUUCCCAUGCUCUGUAACUACCUGUCCUAUUGGUGGGAGAGGGGGCCCGAGAACCAGCCAGCCGGUGGCAGCAGCGUGUGCUGCACCACUGUCACUUCUGAACACCUCAGCCUCAUUCUGGGCAACAUCCUCAAGAUCCUCAACAACAACCUGGGCAUUGAUGAGGCCUCGUGGAUGAAAAGGAUUGCAGUGUAUGUGCAGCCUAUCAUUAGCAAAGCUCGCACUGCUCUGCUAAAGAGCCACUUCCUGCCCACGCUGGAGAAGCUGAAGAAAAAGACGGUGAAGGUGGUGGCCGAGGAGGAGCUGUUGAAGGCAGACGGCAAGGGAGACACCCAGGAGGCAGAACUGCUCAUCCUGGACGAGUUUGCUGUGCUCUGUAGGGACCUUUACGCCUUUUACCCCAUGCUCAUCCGCUACGUGGACAACAACAGGUCCAGAUGGCUGAAAGAACCAGACGCCGACUCCAUUGAGCUCUUCAAGAUGGUUGCUGAAAUUUUUAUCCUUUGGUGCAAAUCCCAUAAUUUUAAACGAGAGGAGCAGAACUUUGUGGUCCAGAAUGAAAUCAACAACCUGUCCUUCUUGACUGGAGACAAUAAAACAAAGAUGUCAAAGUCUGGGGGACAAGACCAGGAGAGGAAACACAAGAAAAGGCGCGGUGAGUUCUACUCCAUCCAGACAUCACUGAUCGUGGCCGCUCUCAAGAAGAUGCUUCCAAUCGGCCUCAACAUGUGCACCCCAGGGGACCAAGAGCUCAUCUCUUUGGCCAAGACGCGCUACCUCCUGAGAGACACAGAUGACGAGGUCAAAGAUCACAUUCGCCACAAUCUUCACCUCAGAGAAAAGUCGGAAGACCCUGCUGUGAGGUGGCAGUUGAACCUUUACAAACAUAUAAUGACACGAGGCGAGGGGCCCGCUGACCCUGAGAUGGUGGUGGAUCGUAUCCAGAGGAUCUCUGCUGCCGUUUUUAACCUGGAGCAGGUGGAGCAACCACUGAGAUCCAAGAAAUGUGUCUGGCAGAAGUUGUUGUCCAAGCAGCGCAAAAGAGCAGUCGUUGCUUGUUUCCGAAUGGCUCCACUUUAUAAUCUGCCGAGGCAUCGCUCGAUUAAUCUCUUCCUCCUGGCCUAUCAGAGAAUAUGGAUAGAAACAGAGGAGUACUCUUUUGAGGAGAAGCUAGUACAAGAUCUUGCUAAAACCCAACACAAAGUGGAAGAGGAGGAAGAGGAGGAGGUCAGAAAACAGCCCGAUCCUCUUCACCAGCUCAUUUUGCAUUUCAGCCACAAUGCUCUUACAGAGUGCAGCUCUUUGGAAGAUGAUCCGUUAUAUAUUGCAUAUGCAGAUAUGAUGGCAAAGAGUUGUGCUGAAGGUGAAGAGGAGAAUGAUGAGGAAGAGAAAGAGAAAACAUUUGAGGAGAAAGAAAUGGAGAAGCAAAAGAUGUUGUACCAGCAGGCCCGACUGCAUGACCGCGGGGCUGCAGAAAUGCUGCUCCAGAUGAUUGGCGCUAGUAAAGGUCGACUGGAUGCCAUGGUGACCUUCACCCUGAAACUGGGCAUCUCCAUUCUCAAUGGGGGAAACAUUCUGGUCCAGCAGAAAAUGUUGGACUACCUGAAAGAGAAGCGAGAUGUCGGCUUCUUCAAAAGCUUAUCUGGACUAAUGAUGUCUUGCAGUGUGCUGGACCUCAAUGCUUUUGAGAGGCAAAACAAAGCAGAAGGUCUUGGGAUGGUUACAGAAGAGGGAUCAAUCAACGUGAGUGAGCGGGGUUCCAAAGUGCUUCAGAACGAUGAGUUCACGAAGGAUCUUUUUAGGUUUCUGCAGCUUCUGUGCGAGGGACAUAACAACGAUUUCCAGAACUUUCUAAGGACACAGACUGGAAACACAACUACAGUUAACAUCAUUAUUAGCACUGUGGACUACUUGCUCAGGCUUCAGGAAUCCAUCAGUGAUUUCUACUGGUACUACUCUGGAAAGGAUAUUAUUGACGAGGCGGGUCAGAGGAACUUCUCCAAAGCGCUGGCCGUUGCUAAGCAGGUCUUCAACUCAUUAACGGAGUACAUACAGGGUCCAUGUAUUGGAAACCAACAGAGUCUGGCUCAUAGCAGAUUGUGGGAUGCAGUUGUGGGCUUCCUGCAUGUUUUUGCCAAUAUGCAGAUGAAGUUAUCCCAGGACUCCAGUCAGAUUGAAUUAUUAAAGGAGCUGCUGGACCUGCAGAAGGACAUGAUCGUUAUGAUGCUCUCUCUUCUCGAAGGAAAUGUUGUCAACGGGACCAUUGGUAAACAAAUGGUUGACACCUUGGUGGAAUCGUCCAGCAAUGUGGAAAUGAUCCUCAAGUUCUUUGACAUGUUCCUCAAGUUGAAGGACCUGACCACCUCAGACAGCUUCAAGAUCUAUGAUGCCGAAAGCAAAGGUUUCAUCUCCAAGAAGGAUUUCCAGAAGUCCAUGGAGAACCAGAAGCAGUACUCCCAGUCGGAGAUUGAGUUUCUUCUGUCUUGUGCCGAGGCGGAUGAAAACGACAUGUUCAACUAUGUGCAGUUCGUGGAGAGGUUCCAUGAGCCCGCUAAAGACAUUGGCUUUAACGUGGCCGUUCUGCUAACCAACCUCUCAGAGCACAUGCCACAUGAUGCUCGCCUUUCGACGUUCCUGGACCUGGCCGAGAGUGUCCUCAGCUACUUUGAACCCUACUUGGGUCGUAUUGAGAUCAUGGGCGGAGCCAAGCGCAUCGAACGAGUCUACUUUGAUAUCAGCGAGUCGAGUCGAACCCAGUGGGAGAAACCUCAGGUGAAGGAGUCGAAGCGACAGUUCAUCUUUGAUGUGGUCAAUGAAGGCGGGGAGAGCGAGAAAAUGGAACUGUUUGUAAACUUCUGCGAGGAUACCAUUUUCGAGAUGCAACUAGCGUCUCAGAUUUCAGAGCCGGACCCGGUCGAACGUCAGGAGGAAGAUGACGAAGAUGUCAACCAGAGCGUGGCCGAGAACCAGGAGGAGGAAGAGGAGGAGAGUGUGAUCUUGGAGUCUUCAUCUGCCUUCACCUUUGCUUGUAUCUCCAUGAGGAAAAACAUCUGCCACUUCCGCCAGCUGCUCACUCUCAAGAGCAUGAAACAACAGUACAGAAAAUUCCGGAAGAUGAGCGUGAGGGAAACGGUGCAAGGCUUCUUUGCUUUCUUCUGGAUGAUCAUCACAGGUCUCCUCCAUUUUGUUUACAGCUUGGUAUGGGGUUUCUUGCAUAUUUUGUGGACGACCAUGUUUGGGGGUGGCCUUGUUGAAGGGGCAAAGAAUAUGAAGGUCACAGACAUCCUGGGGAACAUGCCAGAUCCCACUCAGUUCGGGAUCCACGGGGAUGUGCUGGAGACGGAGAAGAUGGAGGCGCACGAGGCGUCAGCAUUGACCGAGCUGGCUCACAUGGCUCAGGGGGAAGCGGCCGAGACCGAGCUGAUGGCCGAGCUGCUCAACGUCCCGCCUAAGAAGGAGGGCAAGCAUGGAGCAGAGCCUGGAUUGGGGGACGUGUCCGAGGUGGUUGUGGGAGGCGAUGCUCCAUCCAUAGCCACUGCUGUCAAGCAGAAGAAGGCUCAGAUGGCUGCAAAGAAGCGGGCAUCAAAUGGAGACUACAAAUCGGAUUCGGAGAAAGCAGACUCUGAUGAUGGCGAGAAGAAGGACCACGACAAGGCCAAAGAUGAAGGCCCUCCUGAGCCUUCCUUGGAGAGGAAAGUCCCCAAGAAGCGACUCGGUCUGAAGAAAGAACCACCCGAGGCCUUCACAGCCAGCUUCUUUGCUGGUUUGGAAAUCUACCAGACCAAGAUGCUGAACUACCUAGCCAGAAACUUCUACAACCUGCGAUUUUUGGCACUCUUUGUUGCAUUUGCAAUCAACUUCAUUCUUCUCUUUUAUAAAGUGACUGGUGAUAACUCUGAUGAUGAGGACCCUUGGAAUGGUCGAGGGAGAACUGGGGAGGAGGAGGAGGAGGAAGACGGCUCUCUUGAAUAUUUUAUCCUACAAGAGAGUACAGGUUACAUGGCACCAACACUUCGCUGUCUGGCAAUACUGCACACUAUUAUAUCUUUUUUGUGUGUAGUGGGAUACUACUACCUGAAGGUUCCUCUGGUGGUGUUCAAGCGUGAGAAGGAGAUAGCCAGGAAGUUGGAGUUUGCUGGACUUUACAUCACAGAGCAGCCGUCAGAUGAUGACAUCAAAGGACAAUGGGACCGGCUGGUCAUUAAUACGCCGUCCUUCCCCAACAAUUACUGGGAUAAAUUUGUCAAACGAAAGGUGAUCAAGAAAUAUGGUGAUCUGUAUGGCGCUGAGAGGAUUGCAGAGCUGCUGGGCUUGGACAAAAGUGCUCUGGAUUUUAAUCCUACAGAGGAAGCUGUCACCAAGGAGGCCUCAUUGGUGUCCUGGUUGAGCUCAAUUGAUACAAUGUACCAUAUCUGGAAAAUGGGGGUGGUCUUUACAGACAACUCGUUCUUGUACCUUGUGUGGUACACGACCAUGUCCAUUCUGGGCCACUACAACAACUUCUUCUUUGCUGCACAUCUACUGGACAUUGCCAUGGGAUUCAAGACGCUCCGCACCAUUUUGUCCUCUGUCACUCAUAACGGCAAACAGCUCGUGUUGACAGUGGGCCUCCUGGCCGUCGUGGUCUACCUCUACACUGUGGUGGCCUUUAACUUCUUCAGGAAGUUCUACAACAAGAGUGAAGAUGACGACGAGCCAGACAUGAAGUGUGAUGACAUGAUGACCUGCUACUUAUUCCACAUGUAUGUCGGUGUGAGAGCGGGGGGAGGCAUCGGCGAUGAAAUCGAAGAUCCGGCUGGUGACCCCUACGAGCUGUACCGCAUCCUUUUUGACAUCACCUUCUUCUUCUUCGUCAUUGUCAUCCUCCUGGCCAUCAUCCAGGGUUUAAUCAUUGAUGCUUUUGGAGAGCUCAGAGACCAGCAGGAACAAGUCAAAGAGGACAUGGAGACAAAAUGUUUCAUUUGUGGUAUCGGAAGCGACUACUUUGACACGACGCCUCACGGCUUUGAGACUCACACUCUGCAAGAGCACAAUUUGGCCAACUACCUGUUUUUCCUGAUGUACCUCAUCAACAAGGACGAGACUGAGCACACUGGCCAGGAGUCGUACGUGUGGAAGAUGUACCAGGAGCGCUGUUGGGAUUUCUUCCCAGCCGGAGACUGCUUCCGCAAGCAGUACGAAGAUCAGCUGGGAUAGAGGGGAUGCAUCCUCCUUACCUCCAUCCAGGGGGUGCUGCUGCUCCGAUCUUCUCCCAUUAACCCUAUAACCCUAACCCUAACCCUUGAAGGGAAAACAUUUUUAAUCGAGCAGCAAAAAGUGAUGCCCUCAAUACCCUCACUUUGGAUGUCAGCCUCUAAUUUACUUUGUCAGGUUUUGGUUUUGGGGGGCCCUUUUGACAGCAUUGCCUUUGACUCUGCAUAACCCCCCCCCCCCCCCCCAAUCAUUGCACAAUGUUAUGUUGUCUUCUUGAGAAACUCUUGUGGUACGUGUGUGUGUGUGUGUGUGUGUGUGUGGGUUAUGAGACAAUUUGUCAGUCAAAUUAUGCACAAGAAUCCAACAUAAUUAUUGAGAGAAUGUUGAGACUUUAUGCCAAACGAAGUGUCAAGUGCAUUUGUUGUGGUCCCUUGAAAAUGAAGUGUACAGGCAAACAAACAGUAUUAUGUCAAAUAGAAUUUGUAAAAAUGGUUUUCCAUGAAGUGCCUUAUACUGUAGUACCAAGUCUACAUUAGAAAGAAGCUAUGCAAACCCUUGUGCUGUCUUUUCUUAUUGUAAGUAGACUUUUUUUCAUUUGACAGAAGAGAAGAAAAUGGGAUUCAUUUGUUUUGCUGAAUGCAGCACACAUGCAAAUGUUCCAUGUUGUACAAAUGACAUCUGAGUUGACGUGGAAUUGCUAUCGUAUGGCCGUUUAUAUGUUGUAGCUUUGCAGAUUUGUGCAUUUCUUUUGAUGGGACUCAAAUAAACUUGUGCCGGAAAUGA